GCUGUUGAAGUUGAAGUUGAAUAUUUAAUGGAUGACAAUAUGUAUGAAUCUGAGGUACAGCAGCUAUGGAAUUUGAAUGGUUCAAUAACUCCCUCGCAAAAUAUUCCAAUAACAUGGGAGAGUAAGUCGUAUACAGGAAAAGAUCAGACAAUUGCUUUUGUUGAGCUGGAAUACAUGCAGAUAAAUCAUCGAGAUCUUGUCAACCAAGUGGUUCAAGACAACACUAUUAACUGGGAUUACAGUAAUAACUCACCAUACCCAACCUCACCUUCACCUUAUGUGCAUGGCACAUAUGUGGCAGGUGUGGCGAUAGCACAAGGGGGAAAUGAUUUUUGUUUCGUUGGCGUCGCACCUGGUGCUACGGGAAUCGCAAUAUCAAUCGGUAGAAAGGCGACGGAUUCGGACUGCGCAUCAGCACAUACACAUCGACUGGGUAAAAAAGUUGACAUUUACAAUGGAUCAUGGGGUCCAAAGAAAUUUACAGCUAAAUUCAUGCACGUUCCUGUAUGCGAAUUUGCAAUGUCGGAAGGCGGUACUAAGGGCCGUAAAGGCAAAGGAAGUAUCUACGUCAUGUCAGCAGGUAAUGAUGGUCCAAGCUUCAAUACAAAUACGUUUUCUCUCAGAAAUAGUAUAUAUGUUAUAGUCGUGUCGGCUGUCAACGCCAGAAGGGAACCGCCAUCAUACGCUCCAGUCGGAUCGUCAAUCAUGGUAGCAGCAUACGGCGGUGACGACAAUUUAAAAGUGAAUUUACUAAACCCAAUAUCAGAGUGUAGUAAGAUGGAUUCCGGUACAUCAAUUGCUGCUCCUACAGUCAGCGGAGUUAUAGCCCUUGUCUUAGAAGCUAGGCCUGAUUUAUCGUGGCGUGAUAUUCAACAUCUUAUAGUAUGUACAGCAAAUACUAAUCUGAAAGGCACUACAAUUACAGGUCGUUUCCGUAGCGAUAACAUCUUCAUUGACUGCAAUUCACAAACAACUUGUCAAAAUUGCGGCUGCAAAAUAAAAUACUUAGAACAUAUCAAAGUGAAGGUUACAUUUUCAUGGAAUGGGGAACGCUGGUUUAAUGCAGCCUACAGAGGGCAAGUAGAACUGUAUUUGAUUUCACCGCGAGGGACGAAAAGUUACAUUUUAACUAACAGACCAGCAGAUAGGUUACAGUCAGAAACAUUUACAUGGGAAUUUAAAUCUGUGCAGUCCUGGGGAGAAAAUCCAUGCGGAACAUUCCUCCUUAGUUUUGGUACAAGGACCACGGACGUAACAGUGAAGCUUGAGUCUUGGCAUCUUACUCUGUAUGGCACUAUGGAGCCUCCACCAUCACUUCAGGCAUGUAGCGCAGCCAAACAACGUUUUUGA